GCACCCUUAGCAGGCUGGAGCCGGGUUUACUGUCCAAGAGGAUUUAGACCUUUCUUAAAAAGAUGCCUGCUGCCUGUGAGUCAGUGCUUGAGGAUAUAGAAGACAUCGUGUCAGCAGAAGAUCUGAAGCCACACGAUCGGCACUUUGUGAGAAAGAAUGUUUUCCCCAAAGUGCGAAAACGCAGCUCCCAGAAAAACGUUCAGGCAGAUGAGGAGCCCCCAAGUGACAGUAUUAUUCCUGGUGUUCAGAAAAUCUGGAUUCGUACAUGGGGAUGUUCUCACAAUAAUUCGGAUGGUGAAUACAUGGCUGGACAGCUGGCUGCAUAUGGAUACAAAAUUACAGAUGAUUCUGCUGAAGCAGAUUUAUGGUUGCUGAACAGUUGUACAGUAAAAAAUCCUGCUGAAGACCACUUCAGAAACUCAAUCAAGAAAGCCCAAGAAGGGAAGAAGAAAGUUGUUCUGGCAGGCUGUGUACCCCAAGCCCAACCUCGCCAGGAGUACCUGAAAGGCUUGAGUAUUAUAGGGGUUCAGCAGAUAGAUCGUGUAGUAGAAGUUGUGGAGGAAACUAUUAAAGGUCAUUCUGUGAGACUGCUGGGUCAGAAAAAGGAUAAUGGAAAACGUUUGGGGGGAGCACGAUUGGAUUUGCCAAAGAUUAGGAAGAAUCCACUGAUAGAAAUAAUUUCCAUCAAUACAGGGUGUCUCAAUGCAUGUACCUACUGUAAAACUAAGCAUGCCAGAGGAGAUCUAGCAAGUUAUCCUAUUGAAGAACUUGUGGACAGAGCCAAGCAGUCUUUUCAAGAGGGUGUUUGUGAGAUAUGGCUGACCAGCGAAGACACAGGGGCUUAUGGCAGAGACAUUGGCACAGACCUCCCCACGCUUCUCUGGAAGCUGGUUGAAGUUAUUCCUGAGGGAGCUAUGCUGAGGCUUGGCAUGACAAACCCUCCCUAUAUUUUAGAGCAUCUGGAGGAAAUGGCCAAGAUUCUCAAUCAUCCUAGAGUAUAUGCUUUUCUGCACAUACCAGUCCAGUCAGCCUCUGACAGUGUGCUCAUGGACAUGAAAAGAGAAUAUUGUGUGGCAGACUUCAAACAAGUAGUGGAUUUCCUUAAAGAAAAGGUGCCUGGAAUAACAAUUGCUACAGACAUCAUUUGUGGUUUUCCAGGAGAGACAGAUGAAGAUUUUCAAGAAACUAUGAAACUUGUAGAACUGUACAGGUUUCCAAGCUUGUUUAUCAAUCAAUUCUACCCACGACCAGGAACCCCAGCUGCAAAAAUGCCUCAGGUUCCAGCUGCAGUGAAAAAGCAGAGAACAAAGGAUCUGUCCCAGCUGUUUCAUUCAUACAAUCCAUAUGAUCAUAAGGUUGGUGAGAGGCAGAGAGUUCUGGUUACAGAAGAAUCCUUUGACUCCAAUUACUACGUUGCUCACAAUCCUUUCUAUGAGCAGGUUCUUGUGCCAAAGGAUCCCCUGUUAAUGGGUAAGAUGGUAGAAGUGAAUAUUUAUGAAGCUGGGAAACAUUUUAUGAAGGGGCAGCCGGUAUCAGAUGCCAGAGUUCACACUGCAUCCAUCAGCAGACCGUUAGCAAAAGGAGAAGUUUCUGGUUUAACAGAGGAGUUCAGACGUUCAGCCCAGAACGGCACAAACUGGAAAGCACAGCCUUCUGCUGAGAUCCCAGGGAAAACACAGCCCAGCUCCUGCAUGGCUUUGCAGCUCCCAUGGCAACAAGGGGGAGGUGGACUGAAGAUCCUGUCUGUCAGCCUGGCUCUACUGGCAGUCCUUGUUAUGUUUUACUACAGAGGAAUGAAAACAGAACUGUGAACUGAAUGGGGCUUUUAUAAAAACAAUGAAACUGCUGUUCAAAAUCUUCAAAGGAAACACUUUUACCAACAACUUUUUUUUUUAAAAAAAAAAAAAGAAGCUGAUAUAAAUUGGGCAAUAAUUUGUACUCACUCUAUGCCUUUCCUGCCAUUCAAAGGAGAGAACAUUAAUAAGCUGUGGGAAGGCCUAUUUUCCCUAAAACCAGAAAUCCUUGGUUGGUAGAACAGUUUGUUGCAUCUUUCCUUUUCUUUUUUUCUUAAAAUGAUGCAAUGUUUGCAUUACAUACUCUUUUCAUAAUUGCUGUAUCAGGUAAAAUUGCAUUAAGUUUAUAAGGAAUCUUUCCUUUGAGUGAUAUUAGUUAUCUUUUGUGGGUAGGAUAUUUAAAGCUUUCCUAAAGAUUUUGCUUGAUGCAGUGUGAUCAUUUGGUCUCUGUCUUUUUACAUUAGAAUGAACACUGCAAGGCCAUUAAGUUUUGUUAUUUGUUGCUAUUUAUUUUGCUGUCAUAUCUGGAAGAAUUUUUGCCUGCCAUCUUGCACCUCCCAACUUCACAAUGAGUUAUUAAACUUUGUUAAUACAAGAAUAAUUUUUUUUUACAUAGAAAUAGUUCUAAAAUGGUUGGGUUUUUAUAAUUUAAUGGGAAGAUGUCUUUCAAGUUAUAGAGUUCUGUUAAAAGAGGAUUAAAUACAGUCUGUAGAAUUUAUACAAUGCUUAGAGAGCUACAUGGGAAUCUCUUUGCUGUGCAUUGGGUCAAUAAAACAAUUAUUACUCUGUUA